UAGACACAACAAUAUUUCCAAGCCCAUUUCGGCUUUACAAUCAAACGCACACAAACUAUAAAAAGUUUUUUUUCUUGUUUCAGCUGCAAAGAAAUUGUGCAUUUAAUCUAAAAAUGUUUAGAAAUAAGCUAAAUGCAUUGGAACAUCCAUUUGCCAAUACGGUUGAUACUUCGUUUAAAAAUGAUCAAGAUUUUGCAAGUACAGUAUUAUGGUUAGAAGAUCAAAAGAUUCGUCAUUAUCGAAUUGAAGAUCGUGAACCAUUGCGAAAUAUUGAUAAUUUUUCCGAAUGGAGUAAAGCAUUUGAGAAAUUCAAAGAAGAUAUUGGAGUGCCCAAAUUUGAAACCCGUAUCGAAGAUCUAGAUUGGAUUUUAAGCUAUGCAGUUCGUUUGGAGUAUAUGGACCGUGCUGAUGAUUUCAAAGAUAUCACUGCCGCUCAUGUAACAGAAGCUUCAAAACCAGCCGAUCCAACGGUUUCGAAAAACCCAUUCGAUGCAAUGGACAUGACCUGUGAGGAUUUUGAACAAGGCGUUCGUCGACUAGGACAAAUGCUCAACAUUGCACAUCAUCCGGAUCAUUUAAAGGUUCUGGAGGCCGCAUCACGUAUAAUUGAACGGAAGGUAAAAAAACCAACCGAACAAACUACCUCCGAUCCAAAAUCUAAGACAGUUGCAUAUUCGCUAAAAGAUUCUGGCAAAUACGUGUUCGACGAUCCUGAUUUAGACGAAGCGGCCAAAAUUUUACGUUUACUGCAGGUACACAGUAUGCGAGACUUACAAACCGCCAUCAAUGAGACCAUUGUCAGUGUACAAUCAAUCACAGCCAAUCCAAAAACGGACACCAAACUUGGAAAAGUUGGAUUUUGAACAAACAAUAAAUUUACUUUGUCAUAUUGCUUCUUUUAUUUUUAACAAUUAAAAAUGAGUUUAAUUAAUAGGAA